UGCCCAGAGUGGCUGGGGAAACCCAGCCAGAUGGGCGGGGUAUAAAUAAUAAAUUAUUAUUAUUAUAUCUGACUUCAGAUGUGCCCAGGCAAGUAGAUCUCAAAGACUCUUCUAGUUUGGCUGGCUUCCCACUCCACUGAGCUCUGCACUUUGUUGCUCAGCAACGAGACUGUGGAGACAGUCUGGCCUCUUACGGGAACACAGAAAUACUUGAAGAACAAGAAAAGUAGUCACAAUGGAUCCCUACUUUCCACCCCCACCAUGAGCCAGGUUUCCUCCUGAGUUUGGAAUACAAGUGACAGAAGUACUAAUGAGUGAACUGAAUGCAGAACCAAUCAGUUGUUUCCCCCCUCCCUCCAUACUUCAGGUGUUCUAACGCAAGCCUGGCCUUCUGUUUCUUCUUCCUUUGCUCACUGGAGAAACAAAGAAAGGCAGAAUCGGCAAAAAUGAUCAUCGUCAACUGAACGAAACAAUUUUUGAGAAAGAAGAAGCGACAAAGAGAUUGUAGAGAGAAUGGGCCUUGCAAACUCUAAGCAGCUUAAACAAGCCCAGGUUCUAAUGCUUGGGCUUGAUUCAGCAGGGAAAUCCACCCUCUUGUAUAAGCUGAAAUUUAAUGAUGUCUUCCAAACUUUGCCAACCAUCGGUUUCAACGUAGAGAUGCUUGAAACAGGGAAAGACAUUGCCUUAACCAUCUGGGAUGUUGGGGGCCAACACCAAAUGAGGCCUGCUUGGAGCAACUACUUGGAGAACGUGGAUAGCCUGGUCUAUGUUGUGGACAGCACAGAUAACCAGCGGUUGGAAGAGUCCAAGAAAGAAUUGGAGCUUCUUUUGAGGAAUGAGAGGAUUAAAAACGUGCCUGUGGUUGUGCUAGCAAACAAACAGGAUCUUCCUGGAGCUCUAAGUGCUGAGGAAAUAACCAGGAGGCUGAACGUGAAAAAGCACUGCCACGACCGAAACUGGUACGUACAACCCUGUUGUGCAAUUACAGGUGAGGGCUUAUCAGAAGGGUUUCGAAAAGUGACGUCCUUUGCAAAAUCCUGCAUGAAAUCUAAACAAGAAGCUUUUGCUCUUUUCAAGCAAGAUUAACAUACUCUAUUCUGAUGCGAGGGAGAACAGCCAUGCAAAGCUGACUGGGGCAGAAAGUCAGUCAUUUAAUGGAAUAUCUGGUGCUGCUUUUCGGACUUUUCUAAGACAGAACAUAUUUAUCCCAAGCCAGUUUACUGUUUUCAGAGAUACUAUUUUGCUGCAUUUUAAUGAAUAAAUGCAAUUCCCAACUUCAUUGCUUAUGGAACUGCACAUUAAAAAAAAACAAAAAACCAUUCAUUUAAUUUGAUGAACAUUUGAAUUCGUAUGUAUUUCAGCUAUAUGUAAUAGCCUUUUUUCUGUUUUAGUGUGACCUUAUUCUUAGCAAUUCUAUACCCUUUGCCAUACAGUGUGACUUUUUUUAAUACAGAAAGUAGCUUUGAUGCUUUAUACACUUAAAGUACCUAGGCCUAUACAAUUAUGUGUAACAGCAUGUGAGGUGGCCUUGAUUUAAACAGUUGACGUUUCUAUAUUUUUAUUUAGUGCCAGUAACUGUUUUUUGCAGUGCCAUUAAAUAGUACAAGGUGCCAUUUUCCAGUGAUUGACAGAUGAUCAGUGUGGAACUGAAAGCUCUGUUACCAGUGGAGACUAAGAUGAUGACAUAGCUUCUUAAGAUGUUUGAGGAGUCAAUAUAAAUUUAUAAACAUUUGAGACUUGUUACUUAAUGCCUAUUUUAAAAAUAAAUUUCUAUCUUGUGACAAUUUAUCAGUUAUAAUUUAAAUAUGUUGUGUGUUGCCUUACUUGUCUAAGUAGAUGGUGAUUUGCAUUUCUGAUGUUAUGUAACUUGUCAUUACUGAUUAUUUGUGUUUUAUUUUAUGGAAAUAGCAUUUAUUUUAAACUUUAUAUUGAUUUUAUUAGCGUUGCACUGAAAAUACUGUACCAUGUAGAUAUGCUUAUUAAAGAACGUACUCAUGUAACAGA